AUGGAGACCCGGAUCAAAGAUAUUGUAUCAUAUUUAGAAACUGCUUCUGAUGAUGUUUGCAUGAUCGGGAUCUGGAGGAUAGGAGGUGGUGGGAAGAUAACUUUGGCCAGAGCCAUUUUUGAUCAAAUUUCCUUUCAAUUUGAAGGGAAAAGUUUUAUUGAGAAUGUCAGAGAAGUUUCAAGUGUGCCUUUGUCCGGUUUAAAGUUGUUGCGAAAGCAAGUCCUUUCACACAUCUUAUACGAUCAAGGCAUCAACAUAAGCAGUGUUUCCGAAGGGAAAAACAUGUUGUGGAGGAUGAUGCGUGCUAGAAAGGCGUUGUCUGGUGAGCGUAAUUGGUUUAAAUCAGGUAGUACAAUUAUCAUUACAACAAGAGAUAAGCAAGUGUUGGUAGCACACGGAGUGAAGUUGAUUCACAAUGUCAAUUUGUUGUCGGAUAAGGAAGCAACUUGUCUCUUCAGUAAGUACGUAUAUGGGAGAGAAAUUCCAAUUCAAGGGUAUGAAGAGCUAUUAACACAAGUUGUACAUUAUGUUCUUGGUCUUCCCUUAACGAUCAUAGUUUUGGGUUUGUUUCUCUGUGCUAAAGAUGAGGUUGAAUGGAUAGAUGCCUUAGAAAGGCUUAAAACAAUUCCGCUAAUGGAAACUCAAAAAAAUUGGAAUUAA